GUUGCAAAUUCUCCUGCAUGCAUUUCGUGAAACAGUGUGAUUGAGAGUGUGACGAAGGAACGGAGUUCUGCGAGAAUGAUCGCAGAUUUCGCAAAUUUCGCGUUUUACGGUCUUUUGAGUCUAAUUGCCUUUAUUGAGUGAGAGCUAAGCAAGACGAAAGUCACAAAUAGAGAUUAGCCAGAACGAUCGUGAACUCGCAUUUGAGUGCUGCGUGGUAUUCGCGAGUGCUCGGGGUGCGAAAUAACCUAUUGGGUAUAGUGAAACGAGACGGGAGUGCGGACAGAAGGAUGCGCGUCGUAAACCCGUCAUCGUUCUCGUCGGUGUUGGUGCUGGUGGUGCGGAAGUUGUGAGCGUGUCACUCCAGAGUCUAGCAUUCGGCGUCGAGAUUCGUGAUGCAGUCGAUUUAUUGGACCGGUCGGCUACUGUCGCGAGCACUUUGGAACAGUAUCGCGAGCUACUCCGCCUGCGGCGCCGAGCAGCAAACGAACGCGGGAUUUGUCACAAGUAAUAAGCGUCGCGAGGCCUCGUUCAUCUCCGCUGUAUGCGGUUUCCCAAAAGACUUUAAGCGGAGUCGAGUACGCAAAGGUCAAUUCGGCGAUGACGCCUGGUUCAGCGCCAAAUUCAAGGCUGGCGAAGUUAUAGGUGUAGCUGAUGGUGUAGGAGGAUGGCGACAUUAUGGAAUCGAUCCGGGAGAGUUUUCUAGUUGUUUGAUGAAGACUUGUGAGAGACUAGUUUCUAUGGACAAAUUCGCACCUACAGAACCAUCUGGUUUAUUAGCACGUAGUUACUACGAAUUAUUAGAAAGUAAACAACCAAUAUUAGGUAGUAGCACCGCAUGCGUCAUAGUUCUCAAUAAAGAGACAAGCAGCAUUUACACAGCUAAUAUAGGAGAUAGUGGCUUUGUUGUCGUACGAAGAGGGGAAGUAGUGCAUCGCUCGUCCGAGCAACAACAUUACUUCAAUACUCCCUUCCAAUUAUCGCUGCCACCUCCGGGACAUUCUCGUCUGGUGCUUAGCGACAGUCCAGAAUCAGCCGACACUUCAAGUUUCGGCGUCGAAGAUGGCGAUGUAAUUCUCUUGGCGACCGACGGGGUAUUCGACAAUGUGCCUGAUCAGUUGCUAGUCACUGAAAUGCGAAAAAUCGAAGGUGAAAGGGACCCGACCAAAAUACAAAACGUCGCUAACUCGAUAGCCUGGAUGGCGCGCAGGUUGGCCUUCGAUGGCGACUUUAUGUCUCCGUUUGCUCAAAGUGCACAGAAGAACGGAAUCGACGCGAUAGGUGGUAAGCCGGACGACAUCACGGUGCUUUUAGCAACAGUGGCAAUAUGAUAAAA